AUGUCUUCGAUUUCGAAACUUUCCAUUCAGGGAAUCCGUUCUUUCGAUAAUACCGAACGUGAGACCAUCACCUUCAACAAACCAUUGACACUCAUUGUUGGCCAAAAUGGUUCUGGAAAAACCACCAUCAUCGAAUGUCUGCGAUACGCCACUACCGGUGACCUUCCUCCUCACUCCAAGGGAGGUGCUUUCAUCCACGAUCCGAAAAUUUGUGGAGAGAAAGAAGUGUUAGGACAAGUUAAACUGGCAUUCACCAACGUCAAUGGCAUACAAAUGAUAUGUACGCGAACGAUGCAGGUUCUUGUUAAGAAAAAUACUCGUCAAUUCAAGACUUUGGAGGGACAGCUGAUGGCCAGUAACAACGGAGAGCGUACUACUGUGUCGACACGGUGCGCAGAACUAGACGCCCAGAUGCCGCUCUAUUUGGGUGUCUCGAAGAGCAUUCUCGAUUAUGUCAUCUUUUGUCAUCAGGAGGAGUCACUCUGGCCGCUAUCCGAGCCAGCCGUGUUGAAGAAGCGGUUUGACGAGAUUUUCGAGGCUCUCAAAUUCACAAAGGCAUUGGAUUCUAUCAAAAGUCUCAGAAAAGAAAAGAAUGUGGAGAUCAAGCUUCAAACACAAACGACAGAGUACCUCAAAGCAGAUAAGGAUAGGGCCGAUAAAGCUGCUGAGAAGGCGAAUCUGCUGCUCGAGAGGAUUGAGGAUUACAAGUCCCAGGCGGACGAGCUUGAGACCAAGAUGGAGAUGGUGACAAAGCAGUCCGAUGAGCUGUUUCAGAGUAACCAGCAGUUUCAGCAGGUGUUGGCAGAAGUCCAGCAGCUCAAGAGAGAUCGAGUGGUGGUUGGUGAACAGAGGGAGAGGCUUGAGAAGAACUGUACCGAAGUGCUGACAGUUUCUGAUGACGAGUUGCAGAAACAGGUGUCUGAAUUCGACUCGCGACUAGAUGACCGACGAGAGACCGUGUCUGGACUCAAACAGGAUUCCGAAGAUGCUAGAAAAGACAUGGAGGGUCAUCGCUUAGAGUACAACUCUGCCAUCGUUGAAGUGGGUCAAUGGGAGGCCAAGAAACAGGAGCUGGAGAACCAGAUUAACGCCAGAGAAUCUCUACUCGAGGAGAUUGGUAAGAAAUGGAACACUUCGGACUUGAAUGAAUUGAGAUCUGACCUCAAAAGUGACCUUGAAAGGGUCAAGAAAGAAGCAGAAGCUGAAGAGGGUAAUCAGACCGACAAGAUCAGCAAGCUAUCCACUGCUUUGACGGAAAAGAAGGGACAAAUCAACCACGACAAGGCUUCCACUCUUUCCUAUGAAAAUGAGGUCAGGCGUCUGCAAGAUGAGAUGGAUACCAUUCCGACGGUCGAAGGAACGAUCGCCUACGAGGAAAGCGUGAUUCAGAAACUGGAGGAGAAGUUGGCAGGACUUCAGGGUAAUUCGCAAGGGGAGGAGGCGAGAUUUGAAACUGAGAUUGAGUCAUGCGAUGAGCAGACCGAAGUGCUCAGUAAACGGUUGGAGAAAUGUAAUUCUGAUCUAGCCGAGUUCAAUAGCAAGUCGGAGAAGCGAGCUGAACACCGCAUGCUGGUGUCGGAGCUGGCUAAGCAGCGGGGCGUGUUGCGGGGCGUGGAAGAUGCGCUAUCCAAGCAGUAUGGUGAGGUGGGCGUCACGGACGAGAAGACUUAUACAGCCAAGCUGUCAAGUUACCAGAAUGCGGUGGAAAAGGGGCAGGGGGCUGUAUCCAAGUCACGUGAUUCGCUAGCAAAUCUCACCACUCGUCUUGACAUCUUAAACAAGGAAUCACUUGUCAAGGACGCAACCCUCAGUGAGCUUUACGAAACCAUUUCUGCUGUUCUAGGCGAAGGGGAGGACAACAUUGAUGACUACGAAUCGACGCUAGAGAACCUCUCCAAUGACCUAGAGGUCGCCACCCAGAACCGGGAAUCCACAAUGUUCACCGCGAGGUACUAUGAGACUGCAGUGAAGCUUGCCAAGUCGGCUCAACACAACUGCUUACUUUGCUCGCGUAAGUUCUCGGACACUGAACUGACUGAUUUUCUUGCCCACGUGGAAGAGAAGACUAUAUCUCUUCCCGAUACCAAAGAACGGGCUGAUAAAGAAUACCAGGAUAUCAAGUCCGAUUUUGAUAACGUCCAGGGUAUUUCCGGAGAGGUGCGGGAGUGGAGAAACUUGAAGGAGAGCGUGGAGAGUGUGUCUGCACAGCUCAAGAAGCUCAAACAGGAGGUCGUUGAAGGCCAAUCGGCUUUUGAAAAGGAGGAGGAGUCACUGUCGCUGCUGGAGAGUCAGCUGCGGGAUUUGGAGGUGCUGAAGAAGGCUGUUGAAGACGUCAAGCGACUAAAAAGCGACGUGGCUUCUAAAGAAAAGGAGUUGACCGACUUCGAGGGUGAAUUCUCGACCCUGAUGGACUUCUCUGAAGAAUCAACCUCUGAUCUACCUUCUUUGGCUUCCUCUUUGAACUCGCAAAUCAAGAGUAUCAACCAGAAGCGUCAAAAGUUGGUAGAUGAUAGAGAGGCCUUGAGAAAGCAGUUCUCCUCCCUUCAAGGCCAGAUAUCGGACAAAAAGUUGAGUCUCAGUACCCAGAAGAACCAGCUAACCAAGAAGACAGGGCUUCAGCAACAAAUUUCGGGUCUGAAGACGAAGAUUGAAGAAUGUCGAGCUCGAAUCAGAACAGUCCGAGAGGAGAUUGAAUCGAUUGAGCCUAAACUUCAGUCACUGAAGAACGAAUUGUCUGAAAUGAGGGUGACUAACGGAGACAAGAUGGAGGCUAUUUCCGACAAGCUGGAGGAUGUCAAGAAUGACGCCAAUCAACUGAGCCAUAUGAGCCAGCAGAUCCAGCAGCUGGAGGAGUUGGACAUUGCGAGUAUGCUGACAAAGACUGGAAGACGAGCAGAUUCAGCCAAGGGCGAGGUCGAGAACCUGACUCAGCGCAUCACUCAGCUGGGCGAAGACAUUGCCACUCAAGAGAAGGCCUUAAUUGACUUGAAGGGACAUCAACGUAAUCUGCAGGACAACUUGGAGGUUCGCCGACUAACUAACGAGAUGAGUCAGAUUGAGGGGCGUAUUCGCGAAUUGGACGAAACAAAGGCUGUCCGGGAUCGAGACGAAUACCAACAAAAGUCCCAACAGUUGCGAUCACAGCACUCUGCCUAUUCAUCUAAACACGCUGGCCUGCUUGGAGAAAUGAGGCAGAUGGAUGACCAGCUGAGAAAUCUCAAUGUGGAGUUGAAAUCUGAGUUCUUGGAUGUCCACGAGAAGUACAGAAAGGCGUUGAUUCUUCUGAAAACCACCACAGUUGCCAACGAGGAUCUUGGAAAAUACGGAAAAGCACUUGACUCCGCCAUCAUGCAGUACCACUCUAUGAAGAUGAACGAGAUCAACACGAUCAUUGAUGAGCUGUGGAAAGCCACGUAUUCCGGAACAGAUAUCGACACGAUUUUGAUUCGAUCAGAUGAGGACAAGCCUGGAGCUGCGAAGAACAGGUCCUACAACUAUCGAGUAGUUAUGGUCAAGAGCGACGCGGAACUCGAUAUGAGAGGGCGUUGUUCGGCAGGUCAGAAGGUGCUGGCUGCCAUUAUCAUUCGACUUGCGCUGGCCGAGUGUUUUGGAAUCAAUUGUGGAAUGAUUGCUCUCGAUGAACCUACAACCAACCUUGACAGUGACAACAUCGAGUCGCUUGCUAAGGGUCUCAGUAACAUUAUUGAUGCUCGAAGCAGUCAGAAGAACUUCCAGCUGAUUGUAAUUACCCAUGACGAAAAGUUCCUGACCCACAUGGCAGCUAGCAAACACACUGAUCAUUUUUACAGAGUGAGCAGAAACGUCAGACAGAAGAGCAGCAUCGAGUGGUGUCCCAUUAGUUUGAUCCAGGACUCAUAA